AUGGUUUACCGAGGCAAGCCAUCAUCAGCAUGUGGAGAAUGUCGAAAACGCAGAAGUAGGUGCGACCAAGCUAGUCCUUGCGGUCAAUGUGUCAAAGCUGGUCGCGUAUGCCCCGGCUAUCGCAAUGCUAUCGACCUCUUGUUCCACGAUGAGAGUGCGAAAGUUAUUAGAAAGAGCAAGGGACAGCUGUCUAAAUCAACCUCCGUGUCUGCAGCUAGUGGAAAGGUUGCAGUGCGGACUCAUCCAACCUCUAUCGAUCUCAACAACAUUGUCGUAUAUCAGCCAUGGGAAGAUUUGGGCAUCAACUUUUUCAUGUCGAAUUAUGUUGGCACAGAUCCUGCUGUGUCACAACUCCACUACCUGCCCAACUAUUACUCGAGAUUUGGGUAUGCUACUUCCGCAUUGAAGCGAACCAUCAUCGCCAGUGGGCUGGCUGGCUACGCGAGAACCACUCGCCGGGCUGACUUGAUUGAAAAAUCUACCAAGACCUAUACCGCCGCCAUAAAAGAUAUUAAUAUCACUCUGUCAAGCCCACUGGACGCUGUGCAAGACACCACCCUCAUGUCGAUAAUGAUGGCCGCGAUGUUCGAGACCAUGUUGGUUUCGCAAGAUUCAGGCAUGCACAACGUCUCCAAGCAUCUGGAAGGCGCUAUGUUGGUUGCAUCCCUGAGCUUGCAGCACCAGAAGCCAAGCCAUGUCUUCAAUGCGUUGCUCAGUACUUUGGUACAAAGCGUCAUAAUGAACAGCUGGAUUCAGCAUGUACCUUUGCCGCCCAGGUACAAGCUAAUCAGAUCACAUGUCCCUGAGAAGAUCAAUCCCCACUCUGUUCAUGCCAAACUCGUCGCUGUUCUUGCACAAGUGAUCGAGUUCAGAGAUGAUUUGAAGAGUGGGUUAUGUUCGAAUCCAGAAGUCAUACUCCAGAGGGCGUUGGAAGUUGAUGUCGCUUUAAAGACUUUCGUCGAAGAGAUGCCAAACCAUACGUCAUAUGAAAAGUGCUGGAUUCCUACAAUGCAGGCAACAGAAGUGCAGCAGCUUGUAUACAACUGCGUAUUUCAUGUAUACCCACAGCAGUUCGCCGGCCAUCUUUGGAACAACGUUCGGUCAUGUCGAGUCUAUUUACACCAGCUAAUUCAUCAGCAGUGCUCGAAACUUCUCUCCUCGACAGGGGAAAGCGAGUUCACAAACCUACGUCUACAGAGAUCAGCUUCUGAGUCAUUAUCGACACUGAUCGCCGAGGAAAUUUGUGCGACCGUCCCACAGCUGCUCUCGUACUCGGACUACCUGAGACAAUUCGUAGAGUCGACCGAAUAUGCUCUGUCAGUACCAACUGAGGAUUCUGGAUCCAAUGUCUCAACACCAGACACGUUCAACGCAUCGAGUCCGAACUCCACAUCAACAAAAUCUUCAUAUGCGUCCAACAAAGACAUCCCAAAGGAUUACACAUCCAAAGUCCCACUCUUUACACCAGGCGCCCUUGACCCAGCAAGCGCCUUCCACCUUCUCCUCAAAUUACACAACCUAACCUCGAUCCCCUGGCUUCCCUUUGCGAUGAAGUCAUGGAUCACCGGCCGCAUCUCCUGGAUCGAAACCAACUCGGACCCCUACAGCGCCGCGCGUCUGAAAGCCAUGAUCAGAAAACGACCUGCCGACGGCUUCCCAGUGAGCGACGCACCAGGCCAGGUACCCUACGGUGGCAUAUGCCAGACCAUAGCCACGACGCCUGCAGACCAGCGCCUGUGGUUCCUGGCGCACAGCUGGCUCUUCGUGGGCAUUGACUGGAACGCGGAUUACUACUCGGAAGCCAGUAGUGCCUCGUCCAAAGACCACCCAAGCGAGGUCUGGCUUGAACAGCACCAGCGUAGCGAAGCGCGCCAGUCGAGUAGGGAUGCUGCUUACAUGCCGAUGGACGAGAUUAUCAGCAGCUCAACAACACGUACCAAGGCUCCUGUGACAUUGGCAUGGAGGAAGCCGCACUGGACUGUUUGA